CACUGCUAGUGGGUAGAAGCCCAUAUCUGAAUCCACGUCUGCAACUUCUCCCACUGGAAAGCAUACCAUUACCAUUACCAGCCACUUUUGCACCGGCUGAAGCUAAGGAGUCAUCCAAAUCUUCAUGGUUGUUCUGGUUCUGGUUUGAGAGUUUAGGAGAGGAAAAAUUAUGCUAUGGAGGCCCUCAAUGCUGCAGGGUUGAGACCUUUAUCUGUAUUUUCUGAGAGGAGAACAGAACCCACCAAAUCACUGCAAUCACUCAAUCUUUCGAAGUCUCCUUCUAUCACCAUCACAGCACCCACAAUACAAGACCAUUUCUCAAGGACUCUUCAUGGGGGUCUUGUGUUUAUGUCAUCAGUUCUUGCUUCUGGGCUAGCUAAAGCUUUGACUUAUGAGGAAGCGAUACAGCAGUCUGCGAGCAACCCUACUUCAGAUUUUGAUCCAAGUGGGGUUCUUGAAAGUCUGAUCAAUUUUGGAACCGAUAAUCCUGUAAUUACAGGUGGAGGUAUUGUUGUUUUGGCUGUUCCAUUAUUUUUGUCUCAGAUUUUAAAGAAGCCCAAGCCAUGGGGGGUUGAGUCUGCAAAAAAUUCUUAUGCCAAAUUGAGUGAUGAAGGCUCUGCUCAAUUGCUUGAUAUAAGAGCUCCUGCGGAGUUUAGGCAAGUGGGGAGUCCUGAUAUCCGAGGUUUGGGCAAGAAGCCGGUGUCUAUUGCUUACAAAGGUGAAGACAAGCCAGGUUUCCUGAAGAAGCUGUCUUUGAAGUUCAAGGAACCAGAGAAUACCACAUUGUUCAUUCUAGACAAAUUUGAUGGGAACUCUGAACUGGUUGCUGAGUUAGUUACUCUAAAUGGAUUUAAAGCUGCUUAUGCAAUAAAAGAUGGUGCUGAAGGACCUCGAGGGUGGAUGAGCAGCGGUCUUCCUUGGAUACUGCCAAGAAAGGGAUUGAGUCUUGAUCUUAGCAAUUUAGCAGAUGCUAUUGGCGGUACUCUUGAGGGCUCUGAUGGUUUGCCUGUCGCUCUGGGGGUUGCUGCAGCAGCUGGGUUAGGUUUAUUGACCUUCACGGAGGUGAUAGAAACACUUCUCCAAGUAUUAGGCACGGCAGCUCUUGUUCAGUUCGUGAGCUCAAAACUUCUAUUUGCAGAGGAUCGAAAGGCAACUUUGCAACAACUUGAUGAGUAUGUGAACAACAAUGUUGCCCCCAAGGAGCUUGUAGAUGACAUAAAGCAAAUCGGGAAGGCUCUACUACCAACACCGGUUAUUAGCAGGUCUCUUCCAGCACCCGCAGAGGUGACUCAAGAAUCAACCGCAGAGGCAAAAGUCAAAACAGCUGCAGACCCUACACCGCAAAUUAAUUCAGUAGCCAAAACAGAAAUGGAAGAAGGAUCUCUUCCCGGAUUACCAAGACCACUUUCACCAUAUCCAGCAUAUCCAGAUCUCAAGCCCCCGACAUCUCCUACCCCGUCACAACCUUAAGAGUCGUUAGCUGCAUUGAGAUCAAGGUUUUUUUUUUUUCUAUAGAUAGCUGUUUGCCGGAAUUUCAAGCUGCUACUAUAUCAGUUGCGCGUAGUCUUUGCUCCUGUUAAUGUACAUUGCUCGAGCUUGCUUGAUUUCAUGAAAUGGAUUGCUUCUAGUCUGCAUAAUAAUAAUGUCUUGUUGUAACUUGAGAAAGUUUAACAUUUGGUAACUGCUGUAGUUUGAAUAAUGUGCUUCACCAAUUUUUCAUGCC